UGAACGGCUCACGUAGAUUUAAAGUCGCUUCACUUUGUGUGAAAUCAGACCAUCUCAAUUCGGUGGAACAACACCACGCUACCGACGCCUCUCGAGUUGCGAUAGCGCCGCGCGGUCGCACCGCGCACCGCGUCUACAUGCACCGAGCUUGCAACUGCAAAAGGACUAAUCUCGGCAGGAGGCACCCACCGUUCCCCACCGCACCAGCGAAUCCAAUUUCACAGCAGCCAAGCACACAGCUCCGCGCCGCCUCAUCGGCGAUGACGCUCAAGCGCCUCCUUGGCCUCUCCGCCGCCGCCUCCGGCCGCCUCCGCCGCGGCAUCUCCACGGCCGCCUCGCGCCCUCCGUGGGCUAUGGUCUACCCGCUCACGAAGCUAAAGACGCCGGCGCCGCGCGUGUCCCUCCAGCUCGCCGAGGCCCCGUGCAUCUCCCACCUCAACGUCCCCGCCCACCUUGUCUACCCGGGAACCGGCCCCGACCCCCGCAACGACGACAUAAGCCUAGUCUUCGGCGGCUUCGUCAAAGCCUCUAGCGGCGAUGGCCUCCUCCUCCUCAACUUCUUGGAUCUCCGCGGCACAGCACCCAUCGUCUCCACGCACCGCGGCACUCAGGGACGCAAGUUGACUUUCAUCAGCCUGGACCCCGACGUCACGCGCUUCGUCUGCAAUCCCCUCACUGGCCAGCUGUUCCGCCUCCCGGACAUCGAUGGCAAGAAGAAGACCCUGUCCUGCGCGGGCAUGGGCAUCCUCACCCAAUCCGAACGCCCGCACCGUCCGCCUGACAGGUUCGCUGUCGCCGAGCUCCACGAGGACCACGACGGGGAGGAGCCGAGCUUCGUCAUGCGGCGGUUUCUCUCGCAAACAGGGAAGUGGGACAAGCUGGUGGGCUUGCCGUCCCCACUCCCUCUCGCCCGCCGGAUGAACAUAGACCACGAGGUGCUCGCCUUCUCCGGUCGGCUGUGGUACGUCGACAUCAGCUGGGGCGCAGUCUCCGCUGACCCAUUCAGCGACCGACCGGAACUCCGCUUUGUCGAGCUGCCGAGGGGCAGCGUGACAGAGCCCCCGAAGGGGCCGGGGCAGCCGGAGCUGGAUGGGUACCGCCGCAUGGGGGUCAGCGAGGGGAGGCUGCGCUACGCCGAGGUGUCCCAGAAGGAGCCUUUUGUGCUCAGCUCGUUUGCACUUGACGGCGAUGGCAGCUGCUGGACGCUGGAGCACCGGGUGGCGCUUAGCCGACUCUUGCCGCGUGGAGACCUUCUGAGUGGAGAGGACACGCCGCGGAUUGGCGUUGUUGACCCAAUGAACGCAAGCGUCAUGCAUAUCACACUCGGCAACCAGGCUUUCUCCGUAGACAUGGACAAGGGGAAGGUCCUUGCGUGUUCGCUGACAGGCCCAUCAUUGCAGUGUGAUUCCCUUAAAUCAUGUGUGCUCCCACCGUGGCUUGCGUCAAGCCGAAUCCCUUCUGCAGGAACUCUUUCGAGCAACAAGGCCAAAGUCAAAAGCAAGACUUUAUCAGACAUUUUGGUUCGUGUAGACAUGGACAAGAAGAACUGAGAUGAAGCAGCAAAUGCGACACUUGAAAUCAACUGACAGAGGUGUUUUAAGGAACUAGGAAGCUGAUGAAUGUUAAUGUUAGCUUGCAGAACUCUCAUUUUGGGGAAACUCUGGAGAAGUCUGG